GGCCAGCCUAACUUGCUGCCUUCCCUGAACUCACACACAUUGCAACAUUUUUAUCUUUGGACACGAGUUUUACAUUAGCCAGCAUGGCCGCCUUGCGUGCAGCCAAACAAGCUAUGAGGAGAGAAAUAAAGAAACGAGUAGCUGCGUUGGACGAUCAAGAGAAACUUCGCCAGUCUCGAGUCAUUUCGCAAAAGCUCUUCAAGCACCCCAAGUAUGCCAGGUGUGAGCGCAUCGCUGUGUUCCUCAGCAUGCACGACGAGGUGAGAACAGAGGAGAUCAUUCAGGACUUGUUUAAGCACGGUAAGACCUGCUUUAUGCCCAAGUACUUGACCCAGGGCACCAGUAACCACAUGGACAUGGUGAAGCUCACCAGCAUGGAGGAUAUGAUGUCACUGCCUCUGACUUCUUGGAACAUCAGACAGCCUGCCGCCGCCGACAACACCAGAGAGGAGGCCUUGGAGACAGGUUAG